UCCGUGGAAACGCGUCGUCCCGGCACUCUCGGUCAACGUCACCGUUUCUGACCGCUUGUUUCCUGCAUUUACGUUAACAUCGACGAUAUUUACGAACCAUAUGUUCAAUAUCGUCUAGCAGUGCAUCCGAAACAAUCCCUAGAGUACUUUAUCAGUGAUGAGUUUACGGUUUUAUGUGAGAAAUUAUUAAUUCUGCUCCGAAAUCGCUGAACUAGGCGCAUCAAUUUUCCGGUCGUUGAAACAUUGAUACAGUACAAAUCUAGAGAUAAUGGAUCACAAUAACAAAGUGCCGACCGAGCUCGACGAGUUUCUGCCAACGGAUGGCUCGAAUUUCAAGGACGGAGUCCUCUCAGCUAAAUACAAAGUACAAGUCACGCCGAGAGAUGCCGAGGUUGGGCUCACGGGGAAGGAAUUCAACCCGUUUACUGAACGCAGGCAUCCUAAUCCAACAACGGACUGCGAUACCCUGACCCAUCUGCUCAAAGCAUCGCUCGGUACUGGAAUAUUAGCGAUGCCAUGUGCAUUCAGGAGUGCUGGAUUACUCGUCGGUGUACUUGCCACUUUAUUCGUUGCAUGGGUUUGCACGCACUGUGCAUACAUUUUAGUGAAAUGCGCACACGUUUUGUACCACAAAACGAGGAAGACUGAAAUGAGCUUUGCUGAUAUAGCGGAAGCAUCUCUGACGCAUGGACCAUCGUGCCUGAGGGGUUUCUCGAAACCUGCGAGAUACAUAAUCCAAAUAAGUUUGUUCUCAACGUACUUCGGUACCUGCAGUGUAUAUGCAGUUAUUGUAGCUGCGAAUUUCCGUGAGAUAAUAAAUCACUACAUGUACCCAGCUAUCGUCGCUGGUAAUGCAACGGUAGUGCAGGCUGCCAACUCAACCAUAUCAACAAUGGCGACUGGAUCUUCAAUUAAUAAAAUUGACGAGAGACUGACAAUUGCGUGCCUUUUACUGCCACUGAUCCUCUUAUCUUGGAUCCCAGAUCUGAAGUAUAUGGCCCCCGUGUCCAUGAUCGCCAACAUCUUCAUGGCAACCGGUCUGGGCAUCACCUUCUACUACCUCGUUAUUGAUCUACCUCCAGUGAGCUCAUUGCCCCUCACGAGGCCCAUCAUGGAGUUCCCCAAGUUCUUCAGUCUUACUGUCUUUGCUAUGGAGGCGAUUGGUGUCGUUAUGCCACUGGAGAAUCAGAUGAAAACACCUCAAAACUUCGUGGGUGUGUGUGGAGUACUUAGUAAAGGAAUGUCCGGUGUUACACUUAUUUAUAUUCUUCUGGGAUUCUUGGGAUACCUCAAGUUUCCAAAUUCUACCAAUGGAAUCAUCACUCAGGAUUUAGAUGUCACGAAAAUUCCUGCUCAGAUUGUUAAGAUCGCAGUGGCACUCGCAGUAUUCUGCACGUUUGCACUUCAGUUCUAUGUAUGCUUGGACAUUGCCUGGAGUGGCCUCAAGGACCGUUUCACGAAGAAACCGCUCUUAGCUAAUUACAUUCUUAGGACUGGACUUGUAACUGGCUGUGUAUUAUUAGCUGUAGCUGUCCCCACAAUAGCUCCCCUCAUCAGUCUCAUCGGUGCCUUCUGUUUCUCAAUCCUUGGAAUCUUAAUUCCCGUAGCCAUCGAAAUAAUCACAUACUGGGACAUUGGUUUCGGUAAAUACAACUGGAUGAUCAUGAAGAACGUCGUAAUUGUUUUCAUCGGCGUGAUGGCACUCAUAUUCGGUUCUAAGGACGCCAUGGAAGGCAUUAUAGAAACAUAUGCACCUGCAAACAAAUAGUUCAAUAAGGAAAUUCAAUCACUGAUUUCUCAUUCACCACAAUGACCCGAGGGGAAUGAUAAGAAUAUUCAGGCAUUCUGCGUUGAUUCAAUGCAAUCGCCGGGGCUCUUACAACCAAUUAAUUUAGAUUUACAAUCUAGGAUAAUAAAGACUCUUCGCUCAUGGUAUUAGUUGAAUUUUAGAUUUAUCAUUCGUCAGUUCUUCAAUUGCGUCAUUGUCAUCGUUUACAAUGAGAAUAUAUUUUUUAUUGACUUGCUGUUGAGUGAAUUUGGACAAAAUCGAUAAGCAUUUUUUAAUUAUAUAAAUAAUAGGUAGAGAAAUUGAAUGUUAAUUUGCUGAUUCAAAAGUAAAGUGCAAUUUUUAGUUUAAAAUGUAACAAUCAUUGUUAUUUAUCCAUUGGAUGCAGUGCCUGGAGGUUUUUUUCUAACACAAUUAUGACCAAUGAUUCAAUAAUUUUUUAAUCAGUUUGACUAACACAAUGUUGAAUUAACUUUUUAGUAAGCGAUUGAAUUCUACAAAGAAAUCGUUUGUUAUUUUUCCUCAAAUUGUUCGUCGAAGAGGUAAUUUAUCAAGAAUGAUCCCAGAAUUGAACAGCUUUCAUGAUUUUAUUAUUGAAUACAGCAUUUAGAAGCAGCGGGAUAUAUUUGUCCUUCGACUGUUUACGAUGAUAAACAUUCAGAGAUGUGCAUUACCGAGAAUAAAACGCAUGCUUGAAGGAAAUGAACGCAAUAGGCUUGUAAUUUUGUAUAUGGUGCUCCAAAGUUGAAAACGAAAAUUGGAUUUUAGAGAUGACAAGAGACUACUGCACGUUCUCGAAUCAGUAAGAAAAUACUCGAUUGUUUUCUGGUAAUCGUCACGAAUCUCUGCGCCAACUGUGUACAUAAUUUUUUCUACAAUUUUAGAUCCCUUCGAAUUUUGUUGCUACUGUCACCAUAAACAAAACAUCGUCGGUUCAAUACAAUGAAAGUAUUAGAUUAUCAGUUCAUGCAGGAGUUCAGUUAUUUAUCAGCAAAUACUUCAUGUCAAUUGGAUAAUUUUUCUUUCGAUACUUAAAGUUUUGGAAUUACAUGUUGAAUACGUUUUAUUUUAUAAACGUAUAUCAACUUGACCAGUAUUCGAAAUUAAGGAAAGUAAUCUUUAUACUAUUCUGAAACGAAUACCUAUGACCAAUUUUAUGGUGAUUAUUAGGAAUCAAAUGAAAGUUUAUGGUACGUGUGAAACAAAAAAUAUUGUUGUCAGAUGAUUUGUUAAGAAUAAUUUUUAAUAUUAAAAUUACAGUAUGAAGUAA